AUGCAGCGAUCCAUGGGGGACCGGGUGCUGGAUCAGAAUGGGCGUUCAAUUGUCAUUGGCGCGGACAUUCCACCCCUCCGAGUCAUGACAAUCGAAUUGCGGUACUCGCCUGUGGACCAAAAGUUCCACAAUAUCGAUUACGAUUUCUACAUUGAGAACUUACACAAGAGUGGUGGUGAUAAUGGCGCUGCCGAUGAUUCCUCGCCUGGCGGGCGUAUCAAUAUGGGUCUGCUUCGUAUCCUAUGCCUGAAUGCGUUUAGUCCGUUACUUUCUAAGUAUUUGGACAGCGGUACUCGUGCCCAGACCCUUAGUCAAUUCAUCGGCCGCCUUGUCAAUGGCGCCGAUAAUGGCUUUGAAGCAUUCUUCCUUGCUACUUGCAGAGACGUGUCCAUUCCCCGGCUCAAGGAUGCAACUGAGCAAGCCUACUAUCUAUGUAGGCGAUGCUCACGUCUCGCCAUGCUCCUCCGGAUCUUCGACUUGGAGGGUGCCUUUGUCCACCCCCGGCCCCGUUUCCUCUUGGUCUGCCAUUGGCCUAUGGUGGCCUGGAUGGUAGAGAUGUUCGUGGUCCGGUUGGGCCUACGAACGGUCUCUGUUACAGCAUCCAAAACGGCAGAGGAGUGUGCGGCGGCGGUGACAGAGUUCACUAGCCCUCGGUCUUGUUGCUAG